CAUUGAGUUCAGUAGAACAACCAAUGUGCAAAAUCUCUAAAGAGUUGUUAUGGUGAUUUGGUGCAUGUAAAAGUGUAAGAGCCAGCCAUAGAAAUAUUUGCAUUAUUAUAUAUCUAUGGAAACAGCAUCCGCUUUAAGUACUCUAUAGUUUCCCUGCACGAGUUUUUCCCUCGCCGUGCGUGCCGCGUGCGCAUGUGACAUCACUGCUGGGAUUGGCUCGCCCUGACUGGGGUGGAGAGUCUCUUCCACAGGCUGCAGAGAGGGAACGAGAGGAGAGUGAGGGACAGAGGCAAUAGUUUCCAUCAGCCACGGAGCUCAGCGCAGGAGCCACCUCCACUCAGAGCGAACCACGCCCCGGGGGACAGGGGAGACUGUGACCCCCCCCACCCCACCCCUCCAUUCACCUCCCCUCAAGUAUCCAAACUCCUGUUAUGGAAGGGGGAAUGGACUGUGAAGAGGAGUUUUAGUUAGGCUACAUACAAACGAGAUGAAGUUUGGGAAGAGCAUCUGCGUGCUCAACGUAGGGGGGACCCGGUACGCCUUCACCCGUGAGGUGAUCAGGGAUUUCCCUCUCCGGCGCGUCAGUCGCCUGCAUGCCUGCGCAACCGAGAAAGAGGUCCUUGAACUGUGCGACGACUACGACCGGGACCGGAAUGAGUUUUUCUUCGAUCGCCACGCGCAAGCUUUCGUGUUCAUCAUGCUGUAUGUGCGCUCCGGUAAACUCCGCUUUGUCCCCGGCGUGUGUGAGCUCUCCUUCUACACAGAGAUGCUCUACUGGGGACUGGAGAGCGCGCACUUGGACUCCUGCUGCCAGAAACGCCUAGACGACAGGAUGUCCGAGAUUGGUCUGGACAGUCUGUCAGAGGGGGACCUCAGAGUUUCGGGGGAUGAGUCCCAGAGCCCCGGCGGAUCGGUGCAACGGAUUGCGCUCACUGGUCGCGCUAGAUGGCUCGAGAAGAUGCGCAAAACAUUCGAGGAGCCCAACUCUUCUCUCGCGGCGCAGCUUUUGGCUUCAGUAUCCGUGAUCUUCGUGAUCGUUUCUAUGAUAAUGCUGUGUGCUAGCACCCUCCCGGACUGGAAUACAGCCAAGAGAAAUACUGUGGAGGAGCACAGGAUAGUGGAGGCAGUGUGUAUUGGCUGGUUUACAGCAGAGUGCAUAGUGCGCUUUCUGGUAGCCAGAGACAAGUGGGAUUUCCUCCGCCGGCCGCUGAACAUCAUUGAUGUGAUUGCCAUCACCCCCUACUAUGUCACCAUGGCAAUGGCCCGGGCAGGGAUGCCGGGCGCCGGGCUCGGGGUUGCUGGGGUGAUACUGCGGGUGCUGAGGAUGAUGCGAGUGUUCUGGCUCAUGAAGCUGGCCAGACACUUCCUGGGCCUGCAGACGCUGGGGCUGACGCUCAGGCGCUGCUACCGGGAGAUGGUCAUGCUGAUGGUGUUUGUCUGCGUCGCCAUGGCAAUAUACAGCGCCCUGGCCCAGCUGCUGGAGCACGGCCUGGACUUGGGCACGCAGAACCACGAUUACGCCAGCAUCCCGGCCGCCGCCUGGUGGGUCAUCAUCUCCAUGACAACGGUGGGGUACGGGGACGUGUACCCCGUGACAGUUGGAGGACGGGUGCUUGGCGGCAUGUGCGUAGUGAGUGGCAUUGUGCUCCUGGCACUGCCCAUCACAUUCAUCUACCACAGUUUUGUACAGUGCUACCAUGAACUCAAACUCCGCUCUGCCAGAUAUGCACGCAACCUGUCGGCAGAGGUACUGCUGAUAAACAUACAUUUAUACCAAACAGCUCUGCCUACAUCUGAAAGAAACUCAACAAACCAGUGAGCCUGCUGAUGGCAUUGUGAAAUAAUGAUCAACUCUGUGCCCUGCCCUGUUUCCUGCCUGAGCCACACCUGAUUUUUAUUUGGCUUGUCUAGCUCCUGCUUGUCAUGUGGAUGAUCUCCAAUCAUCGUCAUCUACCAGCACGCUCUGGGCCUGUUUCCUUAACAACACCGUUUGAACAGAAGAAUAGGAAUACACAAAUAAUUAUUUAUUAAAUACACACAGGCGCAGUCAAUCUAGUUUUGACAGGGGCUGCUGUUUACACUGUAUUCCCAUGGUUACGACAUUGGCAGAGAUGGAUGCUUUUUUGUGCGUGCUGCAUUGAGUGUGUGUGUUUGUUUGUCUGGCCAUCAGCCUUUCACUUUGUCUAAGCUUUGUACCCAGAUGGUACAAGUUACACAAGACUGAUGUGUGACCUAGAUGCGUUCUGUUAAACCUGUGAAAUAUGGUGAAGUAGUGAACAAGUGAGAGCAAGGUGGGGAUGGAGAAGGGGUACACAGAGAGCUUAGCGUGUAGGAGUGGCUUAAGCCAGGGAUAAUGAAAUAUGGAGACAGGUCAGCAAGGACUACAAGGUGGCAGACAAAUACCAGGGCGACAGCUAUGACAGGGCAGAUGGAGUGUGAAAUGAAAGAUAAAAGACAGAAAUGACAGAAUGUGGAGCAUGUCUGAGCACAAAGAAUGAGUAGCUGGAGUGUGUAUUGCUUCUCCAUUUGUGAGUGAAUCUAAGGCAUUUUGUAUUUCUACGUCUCCAAGGCAACCUCAUCCUCCAACGUGUCAAUCAUAAUGGUGGUUGAGUUGUGUGCACACAAAUAGGCCACAUCCGUGCAACCCUACCGACUGGCAUGAACGCAAAUCAACCAGAAAAAAAAUACAUCACAAAUUCCUGAGGGAAAAAAAAAACAAAGAGUGGAGAAAAAAAAAAGAACAGCAGACGCUGUCACAGAUGAUGGUUCUGACAUUCGUGAUUCAGACAUGUUUGCACUGGCCGUGGUUUGCCAAGAUGAUAUGAUUUGUUAAAGAGACACAUGAUCCAAACAAACAAGUCAACACCUCUCCCACACAACAGUCUUUCUCUGCAUCUCCUCUCCUCUUCCUCCUGUUGCCUUCAACCAUCCUCUUUUUACACACACAUGCACACACACACACACACGUAAGGAUCUUGCUCAUCUGUUGCAAAGGAAAUUAAACAAUUAAUCAGUCCAUUCAUUAUCUGUCUGUCCUUAAAUUUAAAGUCUGCCUUUAUUUAAUCCUAAACUUUGCAGCCUUGUAAUAAUUUAGAAUGUAUUGUAGAGGUGCAUAUCUCAAUAUCUUUGUUGUUGUGUUAUCAAUGUGAUUUUUAUUACUGCAGUCAAGAAAAUGAAAAAUAAUCUAUAUUUUAUUACCUAGCUUGCAACACAUACUUUUCAUUUCAUGUGGCAUAGCUUGUAGCGAAUGUGAAUUUUGGCCAGACCUGAUUGAAUCCAUCAAUCAAAACUUUUUCAUCAUCAUAGAAUAUAGUCUUGUAAUUAAUGUGAUCAAUGUUUGAGGUUUUAUAAUAAAAUGACUCUGUGCAAAA